AUGUUUACUCGAUUCUCACUUCGCGCUCUCCGCGCGCAUAUACUCCCCGCCGCGUUGGCGCAACGGUCCUUUGCGCAGACCUCCGGCCUCGCUCCGCACAUCUCACGCGCGACACAAAACAUCUCUUCCCAGCCCUCACGAUGGUUAUCGAAUCAACUACUUCGAAGAUCUACAUCAAUUCACAAGUCUAUCUCAGGUCCUCGAUUCUCCUCCCACCGCGCAUUCACCUCAACCCCACACCCUAAAGCCCAAUACAACCGCUCGAGCCAAUACAACCGUUUCAAUAAUCGCGGCUCCCUGUUCUACACCCUAAUCCAGAAUUCAAGACCCCAUCACUUCGUGAUAAUCGGCCUUGGCCUCUCAGGCAUAUAUCUCUACAACACAGACGUCGUCUCCAAAAUGAGUUCUGAUUACGAGGAAAAGGAAACUGGUCGGCGCCGCUUCAUCUGCGUCUCACCCGCGCAGGAAUUAAAGUUCGGCGAAGAAGGAUAUCGCGAAGCGCUCAACGAAGCCCGUGGCAAGAUCCUACCUGAUCACCACCCUCUUACGAGGACCGUGGAUCGUGUAUUGCAGAGAUUAAUUCCGCUUGCGCCGAUUGAGGGAGCAGACUGGAAGGUCCAUGUUAUCAAAGAUGAUGGGAUGGCGAAUGCAUUUGUUCUACCGGGAGGGAAGGUAUUCGUCUAUACCGGCAUUUUGCCAAUUUGCGAGAAUGAAGAUGGUCUUGCUGCUGUCCUGGGACAUGAGAUUGCACACGUUGUUGCGAGACAUCCUGCGGAGCGGAUGAGUAAUAGUUUCCUAACUCUGGGAGCUGUUUUUGCGGUUUCGUUGCUUUUCGAUGUCUCUGGGCAUCUUACUUCACUUUUGGUCAAUUUGAUGUACAGCUUGCCGAAUUCGCGCUCGCAAGAGGCAGAGGCGGAUAACAUAGGGCUGAUGAUGAUGUCCAAGGCUUGCUUUAAUCCGGAGGCUGCUGUGCGGUUAUGGGCACGAAUGCAAAAGCAGGAGAAGGGGUCUCCUCCGCAAUUCAUGUCCACGCAUCCUUCGAGCUAUAACAGAGAGGAAGCUAUUCGUGGAUGGCUCGAGAAAGCCGAAACGAUCUACUCGGACAAUGGUUGUGGAUCCCUUGGAAAGUAUGUGCCGGCUUUCCACGAUGCGGCUCAUUCGUACAAGCCUUCUUAUGUGUGGUGA